CUUUCGGAAAGGAAGCUGGCUCAUCCUGCUUUCAGCGGCGGCUGAAACAUAUAAAAGCUGUAGUCACCCAUUUAGUAGCACUGGCAAGCAUUUUGAAAGCAAUCUGAGAAAAUGAAGGCUCUGGCGAUGUCCGUGUUCUCUGCUCUUCUCCUCGUGUCUGUACUCCUGGCGAAAGCAGAUGCGCAAGUUUGCUUUCCUGGAGCCGUGUUCAGCAACUGUGGCACCGCCUGCCCUCAGGUGUGCGGUCAGCCUCCUCCAAGGUUCUGCACUUACCAGUGCGUCAGGGGAUGUUUCUGCCGACCGGGUCUCAUUCUGGACCAAAGCAGACGACGUUGUAUCCCCAGGUCUUCCUUUUGGGGCAAAGUACUGAUACAGGAAUACACCUUUCGGAAAGGAUGCUCGCUCAUCCUGUUUUCAGCAGCGGCCGAGACAUAUAAAAGCUGUAGUCACACAUUUGGCAACACUGGCAAGCAUUUUGAAAGCAAUCUUGAGAAAAUGAAGGCCCUGGCGAUGUUCGUGCUCUCUGCCCUUCUUCUCGUAUCCGUAUUCCUGGUGGAAGCAGAUGCGCAAGCUUGCUUUCCUGGAGCCGUGUACAGCAACUGUGGCACCGCCUGCCCCGAGGUGUGCCGUCAGCCUCCUCCCAGGUUCUGCACUCAACAGUGCGUCAGGGGAUGUUUCUGCCGACCGGGCCUUAUUCUGGACCAAAGCAGACGACGUUGUAUCCCCCGACACAUCUGUCCUUUCUACGGAUGAGCGCCAGAAGUGUACAACGUAUACGUGUGCAAUAAAACUGUAUUCAAUAUUUUGA